CCUAUGCCCGCUGACUGCGCUCUGGAGCCGGUGAGAUCAGUUGCCCCUGUGUCACUGGCUCAGCACAUGCUGCUGUCCUUAAACAUCAGUCCAUCCCUAAAGGGGAAAAGGCAGCACAAUCCAGGCAUUCUUUGGAGUUUUCUUCUUGCUGAGCUUUCUUAGCUCAUUUCCUUAACUGUACUGAAAAGGCAGAAGCAGAUAAAGGUCUCUGACUCACCUUGCAUGUGCAAGCAUGAUGCCUCUAUCCAGGACUCAGCUGGGGCUUUUCUUCAUCCUCCUGUGUCCAGCAAACAUCAUAGGACUAUGGUGGGCAGUUGGCAGCCCUUUGGUGAUGGACCCCAACAGCAUCUGUAGAAAAACCAAGCGGUUGGCUGGAAAGCAAGCGGAGUUGUGCCAGACAGAGCCAGAGAUCAUCAGCGAGGUAGCCAAGGGUGCCAAGCUGGGAGUCAGAGAAUGCCAGUACCAGUUCAGGUCCAGACGGUGGAACUGCACUAGUCACAACAAGCACUUUGGAAAGAUCCUGCAACAAGAUAUUCGGGAGACAGCCUUUGUGUAUGCAAUAACAUCCGCGGGUGUAAUCCAUGCAGUGACACAAGCUUGCAGCAUGGGGGAACUGCUACAGUGUGGCUGCGAGGUGACUCGUAGCUGGGGGCCGCCGCCUCCUCUAGCCAUUGGCCCUGGAGCAGAAGGCUCCUCUUGGGAGUGGGGAGGCUGUGGAGAUGACGUGGAAUUUGGAUAUGAAAAAUCACGUCAAUUCAUGGAUGCCAAACGAAAAAAGGGGAAGAGUGACAUACGGACACUGAUAGAUCUUCAUAACAAUGAAGCUGGGAGGCUGGCUGUAAAGAACUAUAUGAGAACAGAGUGUAAGUGCCACGGUCUGUCCGGCUCCUGUACUUUGCGCACAUGUUGGAAAAAGAUGCCACACUUCAGGGAAGUGGGUGACCGACUGCUUGAGAGAUUCAAUGGAGCUUUCAAAGUGAUGGGUGGUAAUGAUGGCAAAACAAUAAUCCCAGUAGGACACAACAUCAAGCCCCCAGACAAACAGGACCUUAUCUAUUCUGCAGAUUCCCCAGAUUUCUGCCAUGCUAACCGGAAAACUGGCUCCCCAGGGACUCGGGGACGUGUGUGUAACAGCACUGCUUUGGACGUAGGUGGAUGUGAUCUUCUGUGCUGUGGUAGAGGCCACAGGGAAGAGACUGUAGUGGUGGAGGAGAAUUGCCUCUGCCGCUUCCACUGGUGCUGUGUGGUGCAGUGUAAGAAAUGUACUGUGAAAAAGGAACUAAGUAUGUGCUUAUGAGAUGGCACAGACAGACACACUUACCCAGAGCCCACAAAGCACCUAAUUAUGGGCCAAGAUCUAGUGAUACAGACAUAAAAUCACCACAUGGUUUGCUGCCACUACUGAGCGGAUCAUAGCAAACUGAGGUCAGGGAUCACAGCACUGUGAGGAUAUAAAUAUAUGGAUGCAGCUUGUUCCAUGGAAAAUGACGUGUAAAGAAGUGGAUUCACAUGUUGAACAGAUUAACAACAAAGGAAGAUGUGGCACACUAGAGUGCAAGGAGCUGUUGCCCUUUGCCUUAUCCCACACAUAUAUAGUCUACAGCACUGCACCUCAGUCUAAUUUUCUGUUGUCAAAACAAUUAUAAAAAAACUAAGUUGGAUAAUUAUCAACCUUUAUUUAUAUGGCUCUAACAUUUUCUACAAGCUGUACGCCUUGAUGAGAUAACAUGGUUAUGGUGACUAUUGGUAAUUUCUGCCAUGAAUUUAAAUGAGCAUGUUUUAACAUAACAGCUUUUGUAAAGAAAAUGAGUCUGAAGUCCAGAAAACAUUCAAUUAUUCUGCAAUGCAGACGUCUUUUUAGUCGUUUAGCAGGUAUUCUUGCUCCUUGGUCUAUCUUCUCAAGUAUAAAGCUUGAUUUGUCUCUCUCCACUGUCAGUGAUGCACUUUAAACAUACAGGUUCUGAUGGUCUGAUAAAAACACACAGUUGUAACCCGAUAAUCCCAGAAGGAAGGGUGUAUCUAAAUACUAUAGAUACUGCAAGAUAGGUUUUAAAAAGACUAUAUGUCACUUAAAUGAAUAAAAAUGUUGUUUUAAAACAUGGUCAUUAAAAUAAUAGAGAUUACUUCCUCUUUUCUGUACAUUAUCAAAGUUAACGGCCAUAAAUGUGCGCUGCAGUUGAUUAUAUAUUACCAUAAAAUGGUGACUGAAUUUUUAUAUGGAAAUAAAAGUAAAUUUUCUUGA